UGGGUUGCUUUCCUUUUGCAGAUAUAUGUCCCAACUAAUCCUCGGGGUGCAGAGUCAUUGCCACCAGGGAUUGUGGUCUCAGAAUCAGAUUUUUAUUUACGAAGGUUGUGGGGUGAACCAAGUGAGGAUCUGACAAAGAAGCCCAAGUACUUGGUUACAUUUACAGUUGGUUUGGAUCAAAAGAACAACAUUGAUGCAGCAGUCAAAAAGUUUUCAGAGGAUUUUCAAAUUUUGCUUUUCCAUUAUGAUGGUCGAACGAGUGAGUGGGAUCAAUUUGAAUGGUCCAAGCGUGCAGUUCACAUCAGUGUUAGGAAGCAGACAAAAUGGUGGUAUGCAAAGAGGUUUUUGAAUCCAGAUGUUGUAGCUGCCUAUGAUUACAUAUUUAUAUGGGAUGAGGAUCUUGGAGUUGAGCACUUCAAUGCAGAGAAAUACAUUCAACUGGUUAAGAAACAUGGUCUUGACAUCUCUCAGCCUGGUCUUGAACCCAACAAUGGACUCACAUGGCAGAUGACUAAGAGGAGGGGUGACAGAGAAGUUCACAAGGAUACAGAAGAGAAACCAGGCUGGUGCAGUGAUCCACAUUUGCCUCCUUGUGCAGCUUUUGUGGAAAUAAUGGCUCCUGUAUUCUCUCGAGAAGCUUGGCGAUGUGUUUGGCAUUUGAUUCAGAAUGAUUUGGUGCAUGGAUGGGGAUUGGAUUUUGCACUAAGAAGAUGCGUAGAGCCUGCUCAUGAAAAAAUUGGUGUGGUCGAUUCACAGUGGAUUGUGCAUCAAGUUAUUCCUUCUCUGGGGAAUCAGGGUCAGCCCGAGAAUGGCAAAGCUCCCUGGGAAGGGGUAAGAGAGAGAUGUAGAAAUGAGUGGGCUAUGUUCCAAGACCGGUUAGCUAAUGCAGAUAAAGCGUACUUUGCCCAGCACGAAAAAACUCGAGUAUAACAUGCCUCCGGAUGUUCUGUACAUUGCUUCUUUCUCCUUUUUUUUUUCCAUUUCUAGGGGUUUGCCUAUUCUUUUUCUCAGUAUCUGUUCUUUUUAGUAUUAUCUUUUCUUUCAAUAUUAGAGUAGUGAAAUUCUAUGUAGCUAGUGAACACGCUAAACCAUUAGAUAUUGGAAGGUUUCUUUUGCAUAGAUGAUACCCAAGAUUUGUAGUCUGA